AUGACUUACAUGAACUAUGACUUGGUUCUCGUGACAGAGACCUGGCUUAGCAGAAUUACAAGCUCACAAUAUGAUGUUACUUGCGAGUGCGACCGACUCUACAAGAAGGGUGGGGGAAUUGUAGUUCUUAUCAAAAACUACAUAUCUUUCGAUAUCAUUUUCAAAGACUCAUUGCGAGAUGCUUAUGAAAUUAUUGUAACUGACAUAUUUUUCGAUCACUGCACUAUUAGGCUAAUCUUAGUAUACAGAACUCCACUUUGUGAUUCCAAUGAUUCCAGCCUAUUGCGUGAGAAUAAAUUAUUUGUUGAAGAACCCACAAGGGGUUCCUCCUGGCUAGACUUAAUUCUUUGCAAUGAUGCUCAGUUAGUUAGAGAUGUGGAAGUGAUCCCCCCAAUCGGCAACAGCGACCAUGCCUCAGUUGAUUUCAGUUUGAACCUUAGCUCAAAUUCAGCUGCUUCCGAGAGAUGGGUCGAGAGAUUUCCAACAGAGGCUAAGUUAACGGACGCGGCAAUUGAAAGAUACCUGAGCAAUAUUGACUGGAUCGGUUCCUUCGCUACUGCGGACUCAUUAGAGGAGAAAUACGAGUUGUUCAUUUCAAUACUUCAUUAUACUAUGGAUAUGUUUGCUCCUCUUCGAAAGACCAGAAUCGCAAGGUACAAACUUCCUCGGUACCUUGAAAGAAUGAUAAGUCAGCGCAGGAAAAUUUGGUCCUGUGCCGUAGCUGAGGGUAGUGACCGCAUGUGGAGUAAAUAUAAGAUUUUGGACAGCAGACUCAAUAGGCGGUUGCUUAGAUAUAAUGCCUAUUUGGAAAAGAAGGUUGUCGAGUCAGGGGACUCCACAAAGUUAUUCACAUACAUUAAUAAACGCCUCAAUGAACCCAAGAAAAUUCCUGCCUUGCGUACCAGUCAGUCAAAAAUCGUCAUACUUGAUGAAGAAAAGGCGGAGAUAUUAGCAGAACAUUUCCAAGGAAUUUUCGCGAAAGAAGACGAUGUGUUCUCUCAUAAAGAUGAGAUCUUCGACUUGCUUUCAAAAUGGCCUAACUCCCAUUCGGUAACACCUGACUUUAUUCCCCUUCAUCUCAUCAAAAGGACUGCGCAUUGUCUUGCUUUACCUUUGGAACUACUCUUUAAUUUGUCAUAUAUGAGAUCGGAGGUCCCAUCAAGGUGGAGACACUCUUUCAUUGUUCCAGUUCCGAAAAGCUCCCUUCAGCAAAUCCUUCCAACAUAUCGGCCCAUAAGUGUCACUUCUGUUUUUGCACGACUUUUUGAAAAAAAAUUGUCAAAGGUAAAAGUGACUACUUAUUUGAACCGAAACAGUCUUAUUCCCAUAAAUCAGCACGGUUUCUCAACGGGUAAAUCAACAGAAACCGCAUUACUUACUUCUUUCAACGACUGGACCAGCGCACUUGAUAGCAGAAAGCCUAUACACGUGGUAUAUUUUGACUUUGCAAAAGCUUUCGAUCGGGUACCACACCGCAAACUCACUGCUAAGUUAGAAUCGCUCGGGAUUUAUCCUCUCAUAGUACGCUGGAUGAAUCGAUCUUCCAUUUGUUGCAAUCGUAACAGUACCAAAGUGCGAAAUUGA